CCCCCCACUCCCAAACCCUCCACCUCCCCACACACCCUACGUACAGAGCCCCAAACCAGCAUGGCUCUUAACAACGACGCCAAGUACCAGUCGCUCAACCAGCUCCUUCAAUGGUCGAUCGCUAACUCGUCGCCUGAGGCGCUUGCGGCGGCGACAGCGUCGGCGACGGCGGCGGAGGGAACGACGACGACGACAGACACAUCAUCAUCAUCAGCAGCACCAUCGUUGGAGCCGAUCGAUCCAAAGUGGUUGGAUGCGAUGUUUCCGGACGAGGCAAAGAAGAUGAAGGAGACACUGGUGGUGCUGGCCAACACAGAGGCGAGUCUGGAUGAGCGCGAGCUCGCUCUGGAGGAUCUGCUGUUUAUGGUCGAGAACAUUGAUGCCGCGUCGGACCUUUGUCGCAUCGAUGGCGUGGCCCCGUUGCUGAUGCUGGUCCGCCGAACAGAGGCACCUCCGAGCCUUCGCAUCGGUGCUGCAUGGGUUCUUGCCACCGCAUCGCAGAACAAUCCUUUCACCCAGGAGAUCAUCCUCAACCACGGCGGCAUGGCCACUGCCGUCGGCCUUCUCGACGAUCUGGCUUCUGUGCUUGUCGGCGGCUCGCCGUCUCCCCUCGAUGAUGACGAGCUUCCAUCGCCGCUGGCAUUGGACAGGUCAGUCGCUCCAGGCGAGCCCGAUCUUGACGCCAUUGCUCUUGCCAAGAAGCUCCUCUCACUGGUCUCGGCGCUGAUCGAGCACCGCGACGGGCUCGCCGCGCUGCUGGCGGCUGCCGAUGACGACAUCCACUCGCCGCUCAAAGUCUUGGGCACGCUGCUGCACCUUCCGUUUGCGGCGCAGCCGGUUUGCGCCCUUGUCACUCGCACUCUUGUUCUCGUCAACAAGUUGUUUACCCGCGACUCGGCUUCCGAGACGGUGGCCCCGGCGCUGAACGACAGCAACCCGCUGAUCGAGGCACUAGUUGCACUUGUUGUCUCACCGGGCCUUGAUGUCGAUGACUACCUGGCGCUGGCCGAGGCGGCGGUUGCGGCGGUGGUGUCGGGCGGAGCGCUCAGCCCGCUGGCGUAG